GCGCCAUUUACGUGUGUGCAGGCCAACCGGGCUCUUGAGGAGCAGUCGCCGCGCUGCUGAGUCUUGCUCCCCUCACAAGGCUAACCUUCCUCCGAUCGGCCAAACAGCAAGCCUCUCCUACAGUGUCUCGAUCUCUUGAUGCAUUAUCGACUUUAGCGUCUGGUUGGAGUGUUUGAGCCCCCGAAACUAGGGGCAAUGGGCGAAAAUUUUGCCCCGAGUUUUACCAAGAAGCCGAAACUCCGUCAGGAGGAUGAUGGCAACAAACUCAUAUUCGACUGUCAGCUGUCGGCGUCCCCGCAGCCGGACAUCGAGUGGUAUCGAGGCGACGUGAAGGUUACGGAAAGUCGCAGAAUCAAGAUUACCGUCAAACAGACGUCGAAAAACAUUCACGAUGUCCAGUUGAUUCUCGACGAUGUGGAAGAGGAAGAUGCCGGGCUUUACAAGGUCAAAGCCAAGAACAAAUAUGGCGAGGUGUCGGCAUCCAUCAAUCUUAACUUCAGUCCGAACGAACAGGCUGCCGAUAAAAAUACCCAGAUUCAGAAAUUACAAAUCGAUGGCGUCGCGCCCACCUUCGCCCAGAAGCCCGUUAUCAAGCAGGAGGAAGGAGGAAAGAACAUUAAAUUCGAAACUCGAAUCUUGGCGGAUCCGAAGCCAGCCAUCACCUGGACCCGCGAUGGACUCAGGGUGCAAGAGUCCGCGCGGUGCAAGGUGACGAUGGAGAAGGAUCAAAAAUACUACUUCAUCACGCUGGCCUUGACCAACGUUACCGUAGAGGACGCCGGCAAGUACAAGAUCACCGCCAAGAACGAGCUCGGAGAGAGUAACGCCACCAUUAGCCUUAACUUCGACAGUUCCUUUAUGAUGCUCGCAGGCGACGAGGCCCCAUUGCCUCCCGCCGAAGGUGUCCGCCCGACCUUCACCGAGCGUCCCAGCAUCAAGCAGAGCGACGACUGCUCAAGUGUCAUCUUCAGAUGCCGCUGCGUUGGCAACCCUAAACCAACCAUCGUCUGGGAAUUUAAGGGUAAGAAAAUAAAGGAGGGAGGCCGCUACAAGAUGAAACUCGAGACCGACGGCAACAUCUACUUCAUCGCCACACUCGAGAUUGCAGGCGUCUCUUCCUCGGACGAGGGCGAAUACAGGGCCAUCGCCAGCAACAAGCUCGGGGAGGGCGUGGCCAACAUCAACCUACACUUCGAGGGUAAAACCGCCUCUGAUAAGCCCAAGAUCCCUGACGGUAAGGCGCCCAGAUUCCCUAAGAAGCCCGAGAUCCGUCAGGAGGGAGACAAGCUGAUCAUGGAGUGCCUCCUGGAAGCCAACCCUGAGCCGGAGGUCACAUGGUUCAAGGGCGUCCAGAUGGUGCAGGAACAAGGCCGCAUUUCCAUGUACAAGAAGAUCUGCGGGAAAGACCAGUAUGUUGUCUCAGUCACCAUCAUGAGUCCUGUGGUUGAAGAUGGCGGCCAGUGGAGGUGCAACGCCUUCAACCCAUUCGGUGACUCGAACGCCAACAUUGCCCUUAAUUUCGAAAAGGGCAAGGCAGUCCCGGAGGGAUUCGCACCCACUUUCCUCGACAAACCAUCCAUUAUCCCCAACGAAACUGGCACCAUGAUUACCAUGAAGGUUCGUUGCAAGGCCAAGCCUCAGCCGACAGUUGAGUGGUUCAAGGACGGCAAGAAACUGGAGGCUGUCAAGCGCUUGGUCAUCAAGGAGCACAAAGUGACAGCCGAGAUGUUCGAAUACUCAUGCAUCGUCAAGGAUCCGUGUGGUGCUGACGCCGGCAAGUACAAAUGCGUGGCCAUGAACCAGUUCGGCGAGGCCACCGCCAACGUCAACCUCAACAUCGAGGCUGACCAAGAGCCUUCAGGUCAAGCGCCAGUGUUUAUCGAAAAGCCGAGCAUCAAGUUCGAGGAGAAGGCCGGGCGCGUGCUGAUGGAGGCCCUGGUGCGAGCCGACCCUCAGCCGACGUCCCGCUGGACGAAGGACGGCAAGGAGCUGGACAGCUCCAAAGUGACUGCCACUGUCACCAGGGAGAAGGACGACCUCUACCGCAUCCGGCUGGAGCUGAGGAAGCCACAGCCGACUGACGGUGGCGUUUACAAGUGCAACAUUAAGAACGAAUUUGGAGAGCUUAAUGCCAACCUGAACCUCAAUAUCGAAGUCGCUCCUACGAUCAAGAAACCUCCCAAGAUCGUGUCGGUGUUCAACAGGAAGGUCGUGAUGGAAUGCGUUGUCAUGUCCACUUCCAAGCCUGCCUGCAACUGGUUCAAGGAUACCACCAAGGUCAGGUUGGACACGCGCCACUGCGUCAACAUCCUUGAGGAGGGCGAGGGCAAGUACGUUGUCCAGAUGGAGAUGCUCAAGGCAGAGAAGUCGGACUGCGGCAUGUACAAGCUCGUGGCCAAGAACGAGAAGGGCGAGACUACUUCCCAGACCGUCCAGCUCAUCGAGAGCAUGCUGGAGGAGAAGAAAGAGAAGAAAGAAGAGAAGAAGGAAGAGGAGAAGAAGAAAGAGGAGGAGAAAAAGAAGGAUGAAAAGAAGAAGGAAGAGGAGAAAAAGAAAGUUGAAGAGAAAAAGAAAGUCGAAGAAAAGAAGAAAGAGGAAGAGAAAAAGAAAGUAGAAGAAAAGAAGAAAGAGGAAGAGAAAAAGAAAGUAGAAGAGAAGAAGAAAGAAGAGGAGAAAAAGAAAGUAGAAGAAAAGAAGAAAGAGGAAGAGAAAAAGAAAGUAGAAGAGAAGAAGAAAGUCGAAGAGAAGAAGAAGGAAGAGGAGAAAAAGAAGCCCGAAGAAAAGAAGAAGGAGGAGCCGAAGAAACCCGAGGAAAAGAAGAAGGAGGAGGCCAAGCCAGCGGCCAAGCGGGCCAAGGAGGAGGCCAGGCCGUCGGACGCGAGCGAGAGCGAGGCGCCCUCCGAGAAGGAGAGCGCCAAGCCGCGCCGCAAGGCCCCGGCGCCCAAGAGCGAGUCGGAGCUGACGGAGAGCGAGGGCGAGGAGGUCCGGCGCAAGAAGGUCAUCAAGAAGGUCGCCGCCAAGAAGGAGCUGAGGCGCGCCGAGGACAGCACGAUGGACGAGGACACGAUGACGGAGGGAGAGGAGCAGGAGGCGCCGCGGAAGGUCAAGAGGACGCUCAAGACGCUGAAGAAGCGCGUAGACGAAGACGAGGAGACAGAGGAAGAGAUUCAAGAGGAAAUCUCUGAAUCUGAGACUUUGAUCUCCGAGUCAGAGGAAGAGGUAGUUAAGAAGCCAGAAAAGGCAAAAGAACCGGAAAAGAAAAAGGAGCCGGAGAAGAAAAAAGAGGAGGUGAAGGAGGAAAAGAAAAAGGAGGAGGUAAAACAGGAAAAGAAAGAGGAGCCAAAGAAGAAGGAUUCGAAGAUAAGGAUGGAAGAGGAGAUCGUUGAGACGGUAGAGGAAAAGAAAGAGAAAGUCAAGCAGAAAAAAGAUUCAAAAAUCAAAAUGGAGGAGGAAAUAGUAGAGAUUGUCGAAGAAAAGACAGAAGAACCCAAAAAGAAAGAGGAAACAACCAAAAAGAAAACCUCCAAGGUUGAGGAAAAGGUGGAAGAGGUUGUCGAGGAAAAGGGAAAUCCCCAGAAGAAGGUAGAAGAGGCCAAAAAGAAAACUUCAAAGGUCGAGGAAAAGAUAGAAGAGAAAACGGAAUCUAAGAACCCGCCAGAAAAGAAAAAGUCGUCCAAAGUCGAGGAGAAAGUAGAAAAGACUGUCGUGGAAGAAAAGAAGGAAGAACCAAAAUCAAAGAAGAUAAAAACGGAAGAGGAAACCGUUAAGAAGACCGAGGUAGAGAACCCCGCAAGGAACCCGAAGAAGGAAGAGUUCAGGAAAGUAGACGAUUACUGGAACGAAAAGUUUGAUGAGGAGGACGACAUUCCUUCUAAGCCGCUGCUCAAAAAGCUGCCCACUCCGCCGCCCAUCUACGUCCCAGAGACAGAAUCGGAGUCGGAGUCCGAGGGCGAGGACCUCAUGGCCAGCCUUCUGUCGCAGUUCAUGGGGCAGAAGAAGAAACAAAAGACCUUCGAGAGUACCCCUCGAGAACCCCGCAAAAAGUCCUUUGAUAGACGCUCGAUUGAGCCGGAAGACGAGCCCGAGGAACAGAGCGCCGCUUUCACUGCCCAGCAAGAACCCGAGAAAAAGAAAUCCUCCGUCGAGGGGGACGCGACUGUGACGACACCCAAGAAGAAAGAACCCGAGAAGGAAGAGGUGAAGCAGGAAAAGAUGGAGCAACAGGAGGCCGUCCAGGUUGCAGAGGAAUCGAUGGUUCAGGAGACCGAGGCUAAAAAGAAGGUUGUUAAAAAGAAGGAGAUUAAGAAAGAGGAAGCGGAGGAGUUUAAAAUGCCGCAGCUGAAAAAGGUAGAAGUUAAAAAGCAGGAGGUUAAAGAAGAAGCUAAACAAGUUGAACUCAAAAAAGUUGAACUUAAAAAACAAGAAGUUAAACAGGAAUCUCAACAGGUAGAGCUUAGAACAGUAGAGACUAAACAAGAAUUUGCUUUUGGGGAAGCUCAGCAAAUGCAACUAAAAAAAGUAGCGAUUAAACAACACGAGGCCACCGUAGAGGAAGCUGCUUUUGGAGUGCAAUUGAAGAAAGUAGAGGCUAAACAGGAGUUCACUUCCGGAGAAGCUCAGACAGUACAACUCAGGAAAGUUGAAACUAGGCAGGAGGUUUCCGUUGGAGAAACCCAGAAAAUUCAGCUUAAAAAAGUAGGAGCCAGAGAGGAGUUGUCUGUUGGAGAAGCUCAGAAAGUGGAACUCAGGAAAGUAGGCGCUAAACAAGAAAUGGCUGUAGAUGAAGCUCAGAGAGUGCAACUAAAAAAGGUUGAGCAUAUUAAGCAAGAGGGUGUAGAGGAAGUUCAGAGGAUUCAGCUUAGGAAAGUUAGCGCUAAGGAAGAGAUGGCUGUAGAUGAAGCUCAGAGGGUGCAGCUAAGAAAGGUUGAGCAUACUAAACAAGAAGGCAUGGAGGAAGCUCAGCGAAUCCAACUAAAAAAAGUGGGCGCUAAGCAAGAAGUAACUGUAGAGGAAGGCCAGAGGGUGCAACUAAAAAAGGUUGAGCGAACUAAACAAGAGGGCAUAGAAGAAGCCCAGAGAGUGCAACUAAAAAAGGUUGAGCAUACUAAACAAGAGGGCAUAGAGGAAGGCCAGAGAGUGCAACUAAAAAAGGUUGAGCGAACUAAACAAGAGGCUGUAGACGAGGCACAGAAGAUCCAACUAAAAAAGAUUGAGCCUAAAAAGCAAGCUGCCGUAGAAGACGCUGAGAAAGUUCAACUUAAAAAAGUAGAGCCUAAAAAGCAAGCUGUCGUAGAAGAAUCUGAGAAAGUAGAGCUGAAAAAGGUAGAGCGCAAAGUCGAGCAGACCAUCAAGGACGAACCGAAAGCCCCCAAAGAGACGGCACAGAGCGACGAACCAGAAGAAAAGACUCAGAGGAUAAGCCAUCGCGAACAACAAGAGGAAUUCGAGUCUUAUGAAGAGGAGGCAAUUCAGAAGAAGCAGCAGAAUCCUAAAAAACAGGAAGAUAAACCCGACUCUAAAGAAACAGCGAAAAAGCUAAACCCCAAGAACCCCAAAGAUAAACCUGAAAGUAAUCCGGAACCUGAAAAUCCCAAGAACCCUAAAAAAAAUCCAGAAAAACCGAAAAUCGUAGAGCCCCCCAAAGCGGCGAAGAAGAAAUCAGAAGAGGAGGCUCCUAAGAUCGAAGUAUCGAAGGAGAAGACUCCCGAGCGCCGUGGUUCCCUGGUUCCUGGAUCAGGACCCUCUAGCAGAAGGGGUUCUCUCAUCCCCCCUGAAGAAGGAGCAGGUGGUCGCAGGCCGUCGCUCCUGAUCGCAGACGAGAGUCGCUUGAGACCAGGAGAAAUUCUAGACGAUGACCAGGUUGGGAUAAUGGAAUCUUUUUUUGCUUUUUUGGGAAUGAAACGAGGCGCAUCUCUCCAGCAUUGCAUUCUCUGUACCCAAGUGGCCAAUGAGUUGCUCUUGAAAACGCACGUGUCGCUCAGAUACGACUUAUUCACGCACAGUGCUUUGUUGACGCUGUAGACGUUGAUGUAGAGCCAGUGAUGAUGGGCGAAAGAUGUUUUGCUUUUGUGGAUCGUUUAUACGUGACCGUUUUUUUUUUUUUUUUUUUUUCCACCCUGUCUCUCUAGAGCAGGUAAUGUAAAGUAUUAGUCUUGCUUUUAGGAGGCCGAAAGUUAGUUCCGAUGCUAUUUCGCAGCAUGGUAACUAGGAAAGCGCAGUGUAGUUCUCGCCAGAUGAUCUCGAACAGCAUUGCGAAUUCUUGGUUUCCAGUAAAUAUAAGUAUUCACAUCAGUAGAGUUCUUGCUAGAAAUUAAAGAAAAAAAACAUCUUUCACUCAGUGGUUCGAAAACUGAAUGGAUUAAGCGUAUAUUGUACUGAUUGACAAGCACUAUUCGCUUUUACUGCCUCGCUACGUUAUACACCCUCCCGAGCGUUGCCAUGGCGGGAAAAAUAAUCGCGUCAUUACACUCACUUUAAAGAUUUCGUUGCCAGAACGCCAUGGCAACGCACGGAGGACGCUCCAGCACAUUUAUUCCAACAAAAUGACCCCGCAUGCGGCCGCCUCGUAGGCCUAAAAGUACGCACAAGUGUUCUCACUGAUCAUCCCUCAUCAAAGCCUUCGUAGAAUGGAGGAUCGGCGGGAUUCUUAAACUACUUGAUUCUACACUCAAAGCCAUUCGAUCCUCCAUCUACAGGGCGUCAAACAAAAGACUAUCGUUAUACAUUCACCUGAUAAUAAAAGAAAAAUGCAAAUAAUGCAGUUCGUGGAUACUUCUAUUCGUAAAGAUACUUUUGUUUUAUCAGCACACGAUUUUGCAUCAGUAUUUUAAAAGAUAAAAAAACAUCAGGUUAAUGUACAUGCAGGAAUGAGAGGACUGAUUGC